CGAAAAGGUUGCAUUCAGACAACGAAGGAAAUUAUAGCGACCACAGACCAUCACUCAUCAAAAUGUUCCCACUUGCUCCCACAUAAAAUUCAAGGUUGCAAUUUAUCGAAUUCUAUCCAGUGCUCGGUUCGCUUGCACUAGUGCAGUCGUAACUGAUGCACAGACAAACACAAACAACAUCGCGGUGAGUGUGGUUAAGAAUAUUUCCAUAUAAAGUGCUUGUUAUCCUCUCAAUUUUGUAGUUUGUGCCUUGUCGGGGGUGUGCUCAGAGUCUUCACAACAAAACUAUUUAUAACUGUACAAGUGAGCAAUAAUAUCUUGUUUCUGUGAAAAUAUACAUAUUUCGCUUGGAUCAUUUGGCAGCAGUAAACAGUUCUUUCUACUUCUACCAUAUCUCCCUGGCUUUAUCAGGUAUCUGACAACCAGACCUAAUAAUGAAAGAACUGUUAAAGCUGAAAAAAAACAAGAAAAAGAUUCCAAAGUUGCUUUCAUUCUAACACUUUUGGGCUUUCGUUCAACAAUCUAGUUUAAAUCAUACAUUUAAGAAACUCGACAAUCAAGAAGCUUACAUCUUCGAAAACCAGUCAAAAUGAUGGAAUGUGGCCACCCGUACGUAGCCAUCUGCCCUCCAAGACCACCCGUAAUCCUCCGAGAAGAUGAAUUUGGACUAUGGAUAGGAGAAACGUCAGUCAGGAGGUUCACUUGGAGGAGCAGGAGCAAUGUAGAGGUCCAGGUCAUCACUUAUGGUGCCACAGUCACUUCGAUCAAACUACCAGGUGCCGGUGGCCAAAUUGAUGACAUUGUUUUGGGAUUUGAUAACAUGGAAGGUUAUUUGAACCCAAUCAACCCCUACUUUGGUGCUACAGUAGGCAGGGUAGCCAACAGGGUUGGAAACGCAAAAAUAACUAUCGAUGACAUCACCUACAAUGUUUCUGCUAACAUAGGUCAACAUGCCCUUCAUGGUGGCUUUAAAGGAUUUGAUAAGGUCAACUGGAAUCAUCAUAUUUGUGGUAACAAAGUGGUAAUGAGCUAUCUCUCCAAAGACAUGGAGGAGGGAUACCCAGGAGACCUGUUGGUUAACGUAUCCUUCGAACUGACAGAAGACAAUGCAUUUCUAAUAGACUUCCAGGCUACAUCUACGAAACCAACAGUUGUGAAUUUGACGAAUCAUUCUUAUUUCAACUUGGCGGGACAUGAUAAGGGUAUUGAAGAACUGACGAAGCAUGAAGUUUGUAUCAAUGCUGAUAAGAUCACAGAGGUUGAUAAGGAUUCUAUUCCAACAGGUAAACUCCUACCCGUAUCAAACACAGUCUUCGACCUACGUAUCCCCACUGCUUUGGGCAAAGUCAUCGACAAAAUCCCAGGCUACGAUGGUUUUGACCACAACUUCUGUGUCAGCCAACCUUCAAAGCCUGAGGAAAUCUUUGUGGCCAGGGUGUUUCAUCCUACGUCAGGCAGAGCAAUGGAGGUGUAUAGCAAUCAACCUGGCGUUCAGUUCUACAAUUCGAAUUUCAUACCUGAGGAUCCUAAUAAAUACCAGGGGGAUAGGAGCAAGCUGAAGACGUUGGUUGGGAAAGGCGGAUGUCAUUAUUACAAGAAUGGGGCCAUGUGUUUUGAGACACAGAACUGGCCUGAUGCUGUUAACCACGCGAAUUUCCCUCCCGCGGUGCUGUACCCAGGCGACACCUACCACCACACAGUGAAAUACAAGUUUUUUGUAAACUAGAUCAGUGCAUUGAUUAUGCCUCAGUAUUCAUGGAGACUGUUGUUUAUUUUGUAUAGUCUGUGAAACGCACAAUGCUCUGCAUAAAAGCUUAUUCAACUGUAUUUUUUGAAUCGCAAAUAUUAUUGUGUAUACGUAAUUCCAAACAAAGCCGUAAUUUUUGUAUAAACAAUAUUAUUCCCUGUGUGUAUUUUAAAUAAAGAGAUAGAUAAUGACUGAA